GUUCAAAGAUACCCAACGGUAAAAGUAAAUGGCGUCCGUGAUAAAGUAAGACAAAAUUAUCCCAAAACUAUUAAUAUAGAUUCAGUUGUUGUAGAAUUUGUUAUUAAUUGUCUAAAUAUUAGUGUGUGUAUUAAACUCCAAAAAAAUUCGGAUAAUUUUACUAGAUGACUUUUGGAGGUGAGCGGAUGCAAUGAAAAGACAAUACUUUUUAAAAUAAACUAGAACAUGAUGACAUACAGAUGAAAAGCGACAUCUAAAGAAAAAUUAUCAUUGAUAUAAAUUCAUUCAUUUUUAGUGAAAAAAAAAAUCAAUUCUGUGAGUGGAGGAUGGAGGACUCUCUCAUGGGAAACAAGAAUUUUUGGACUGGUGAUGAUGUUAGUAAAGUAUUUGGUACAAAUGUUCAAAAUCAAACUUUGUUAAGUACCAAACAGUACAAGUGUAAUAUUUGUGAUAAGAUAUAUACUAAAGCAUGGAUGUUGGCAGAACAUUGUCGUGUUCACACACGUGAAAAAACUUUUUCAUGUGAUAUAUGUACUAAAGAAUUUUCUCAAGAAACUACUUUACAGGACCAUUAUCGAAUUCAUACAGAAAAACGAUACACUUGCGAUGUCUGCAAUGAACAAUUUUCUCGGAAAUUUACUUUAACUGUGCAUUGUCGAACACAUACAAUAGAAAAGCUCUAUUCUUGCGCUAUAUGCUGUAUAAAAUUUCGUCGAAAAAGGAAUUUGCAUUGGCAUUAUCUAACGCAUGUAAAUGAAAAACCCUAUUCUUGUGAUAUAUGCUGUAGAGACUUUUGUAGUGAAAGGAAUUUGAAUGAGCAUUAUCUAACGCAUGCAAAUGAAAAACCCUAUUCUUGUGAUAUAUGCCGUAGAGAAUUUUCUCAGAAACGUGAUUUAGAUGAUCAUUGUCGAAUUCAUAGAACUGUAAAACUCUAUUCCUGUGAUGUAUGCAGCAAAGAAUUUGUUUGGAAAUAUAAGUUGAAUAAGCAUUAUCGAACUCAUACAAAAGAAAAACCUUAAACUUGUACUGUAUGUUAUAAAAAUUUUCUCACUAAUAUUAUUUAAAUAAACAUUAUCGAAUUCAUACAAAAGAAAAUUCCUUUAUCUGUGAUGUGUGUAGUAAGGAGUUUUCUGAGAAAUUUAAUUUAAAUGCACAUUGUCCUUACUUCACAUGCGAAUAAAAAUCCUUGAUAUUUAGAUGUAUAUAGAAAAAAUAUUCUUUCAUAAAGAUUGUUUAAAUGUGAUUUAUCAAAUUCAUACAAAUGAAAAUAUCCAGAGUUUGCCUUUAUAUCUUGGAAAAUAUUUGGUGACCAGUGU